UAUUAUCCGAUCCCCUCACCUCUGAAUUCAUAAAAGCAGCCAUUUCCCUAAAAUUGUAUGUAUGAUCACUCAAUUGAUCGUGGCCUAAGCACUUUGUUCCCUUCACUACCUCCUAUCGCUAACCCAACCCUACCGCCUUGCCUAGGUAUAGUCCAGGCCGUCGUCAAGUUUCUCCCCUCUACCCUGAUCACCUCCCCUACGUCGCAGAAACCAGCCAGCUGUGAUAGGCUGCACCGAGCCCAGGACCCCGAGAGCAGAUAGUACGGAAACCUCUCACUACCCUCCCUCAUUCCUGAUUCCUACCUGGUUGAGGGAGGUCCUCAGAAUCCUCCAACAUGGCAACCAACGAGGCCACCAUUUUGCGCAGCUACUUGCUCCUCCCGGCCCGGCUGCCUGCCAUCAUCACCUUGCAGGAGUUCACUUCUCUCUUCCCCAAGUCGCUACGGCCGUCGCCCCAGAUCCGAGCCCUCUACCGAGAUCUCCAGCAGCAGCGGAACACUGUCGUUGAUGCCGUCUCCCAGAAUAUCGACGCCCAGGUCAAGCAAGGCAAAGCUCUGCGACGAGAAGCCAUCAAGGCCCGUAGGGAGGCCGAACUGGAGGAGCAGGACGACGAGGUCGAGAUCGAGCGAAUGUUGUUCGGGUCUACUUCUAGCACGCUACGGCCCAAAAAGCACAGCUUGUUGACCAUCCUACCCGAUAUGGAACAUGCCGUGGCUGAUAUGGAAAGUGAGAUACAAGCCAUAGAGGAGGAAGAGGCCGCAGUUCUCGAGUCUAUCAAACAGGCCGUCGGCAGUAUGAGCGACCUCCGCUAUGGCCGAUUCUCCAAUCCUCAACUCAGAGACGAGGUUCUUGACGGUCUUCAAGGCAUCCAAGACGUGUGUAGACGCAAACUAUGAAAGGAAGAAAAAAAAAAACCGGACAGGGUCUCUAAUUCAUUAGACUACUGCCUGACUACGUGGCUACGACCGAUUACCGCAGAAUACUGCGAACCAUGCUGGAAAGCGGAGCUUCUUCUCGGGUAGCGCCCCGCAUGACCCGCCAACACGCCAUAUUCCCAACAACCACCACCUG